AUGUCGUCAGACGGGCAUCAAAUCGAACAGGUCGGUUCCUUCUCCUUGAAGACUGCUCCCGGAAUUCUAACCAGCUUCCAUGUCCGCUCUCUCGCUGAAAUAGGCAACAGCCCCUUCAUAGACUGGGAACAGUAUCCCAAACACCAAAUCCGAACUGCCUUGUCCAUGGCGCGGGAUGGCAAAAUAGUCGACUUGGAUGUUGAUCGUUGUCUGAAGAUUUUGCAACCCACCACGUUCUUGCAGGUUCUUUGGGCAGAUUUAUCGGCAGAACGAAACGAAAUCGAACUCUGCCGCAGAGUUGCGACGUUUGUUCUUGCGAUGCCGCGGAAUUCGCAGUCGCCACCGUUGCUACCCCUCUUUAUCCACCUUUUCCUGCCAUCGCUUUUGCAUGCCAUGGACAACCAGAAGACCCAGGACCCAACAGUGGUCGAGCUCACCAGCUGUAUCAUUCUAUCGACCUUGACAGCUGCUUUCCAUUUGGAAUGGUCGAUGACGACCGUCUUGAAAGAUAAUCGUACUAUUCUCGGUGCGAGUAGUUCGUCGAUGGCUAGACGUUUAGCCAAUGACCUCCGUAAUCGAAGAAAUGGGGCGGCCAGCCAAGCCAUUCUUCAACGUCUUGCUUCCUCCCAGGUGUUCGUCACCAAUUUUCCUUAUUUUGCACCAGAGUUCGGGAAUUAA